GAAUGAUAAACCGUUAACCAAAAUCGAGAAAUUUUGCGCUUCAGCCUACCGUAAAUCCCUCAUUAUCAGUCGCUUCAAGCGAGGCCUGAUCGAUGAUCAACUUUACAACCUCAGUGUGACCAUUUUUAAUGGCGAACAUCAGAGGCGUCAUUCCGUAGUUAUCUUUACAGUUUAUAACGGCCCCGAACUCGAGCAACAGGAUCGCCACCUUGUAAACGUCCACCGGGUCACGGGAAGACUCACAGGCAGCCAUCAGUGCCGUUCUCAGCAUCCAGGCCUGAUUAACGUCGACGCGUUUUUCUUCUAGUAGGAAUCGCACUAUCUCAAAUUGGGCUUCGCCGCAAGCUAACAAAAGAAGUGGCCAACCAUGCCGCAGACAUCCUGUCACGAAGUAAUUAUCCCGCUCUAAGACACGUUUGACUUCGUCCAGCCUCCCGUCAUUUACAGCAUUGUACAAUACAUCAUCAAAAUUCUCAGUUACUUUUGGAGGAGAAUAGCUCCGUUUGGGUUUUGGCUGAAACAAUGUUCCAUGUGAAUUAUUAACAGGGGCAAAAAAUUUCAACAUUAUACCUCGGAUGGUUUACUGUAGACAAAAUCAUAACCAAAGUUUGAAUCCUCGUCUGAAUCGGAGUAUCCAGCUGGGCGGAACAUCAUACUUAAAGUUUUAUAGAAUACACAAAAUGAAUUGCUGCUGAUUGAAACUGUUUCGGUAUGGCCAGUUCGAUAUGUUGUUUACAAUACCGCGAACCGGCAAAAAACAAAGUAUUCCUAGGGGUGGCAACACAACCAGGAAAACCGAGAAGACCAGGAAAUAACCAGGAUUUUUUAUUUAAAACCAGAAUGGAUUAAUAUUUUCAAUUAUUAUUUAAAACCUCCGUAGCCACAGUCAAAGCACAAAACAACGUAAGGGUGCUCAUACACUGUUUGACCGAUGCCAAAUAUUUCCCUUUUCUGACAGAUAAAAUUUGAUCGGAAACGGAUCAAUCCGUGCACCUGGCAUUCAUGCCCUAAAGUAAACAUUAGUGAACAUUUCGCAAUAUGGCAGAAAGGUCAUUACGGUUAGACAUUUCUGGAUGCUCAAAUAGAGCACAUAUUAAUCUGUACACCUGGCAUUCAUACCUGGUAAACAUUUCUACAUUUUGCAUUAUGGCAGGAAGGUUUGUGGAAUCCCGCUUAAUGAACGACUCGGGCGAAGAAUUCAAAAUUACAGCUUACCUUGAUUGUGUGGAUAUUUUUAUGCCAAAAAGGGUCGGAGAGGAUGGCGGCUUCAAGAAGUACGAGGAAAAGAUCCUCCAGGCUAUCGAGAAUGCUUCAGAUAAAUCGCUACAGACCUGGAUCAACGCAUCCCAGGCAAUCAAUGAUGUGUUGGUACAACACUAUGUUAGUGGAUGCGAUCAAGAAGUUCAUGAAGAAGGUUAAAAAAUUAAUAGAUUAAUAUUUAGGUGCACAUAUGUUUCAUCAGUCGGAAUCGGGUCGAGCUUAGAAUUAUAUUUUUGACGUAGGAUUACGUCUUUCGGGAACAUAU